AUGGCUCUUGUCCGAGACCCAUGCUUCUGGAAACGCUUCUCUACUGCUGUGCACAUGGAUGAAGAGUCCAAAGCAGCUGACCAACAAACAAAAAAGCAGGACACACAAUCAUGGCUCUACCGUGAACGCCGCAAGCGCAAGCGCUCCAUUAUCUGCGGCUUUGUCAUUUUCUUCGCUGUCGUCUUCGCUGUCAUUGCCGGUGUUGUUAUAUGGUGGCUAGCAAAGAACAACUGGCUUCAACCCGGCCCUGAUGCGACAGCAUAG